GCUCGCGUCCACCGUGGGUUUCUCGCCUCGGCAUGGUGCGGAGUAAGCGUGCUUCGCCACUCCCGCGGCUGCACGGGCGUCCGCCUGCAGUCAAAGCUGGAGGUAUGAGAGUGCCUAAAAAGAAUGAAUAUGGACCUGUUGGGAAAAAUACUAAACCCCCAGGAAAAGACAAGACAAGUGCCAUUGCCAGUUUUUCAAAACCUCAGAACAUGGGUGUCUUGGUAGCAGAAGCACUGAGCAAAAUAAACCAUAAAAUUAAUGCAGCAGCCUUACAGGUGGCUCAACAAAAGCCUCAGCCUGCCUUGGAGAAGUUCAUACUGCCUAAGAGAAUUUACAUUAUUCAACAGCCGCGGAAAUGUUAAGAUACUCAUUAAAAUACUCAUGCUUACUUAAAGUGAGUUUCUAUACAAAAUAGCACUUCAUGCACUGUGGUGAAAUGUUCAAAAGCUAUGUGCCUUGUUUCUCACUGUAUUUUUGUUACUGACAAUAAAAUACUUUAUAAGAAGA